GUUCUCCUCAGCAUCUUGACUAAAUGUUCCCUAAAAACCUGCAGAGGAGUGCGAGCCGUGCGCCGCUGAGCAUCGUCCAGGGGAGGAGGAGGGAGUUGGAGAUGUUUACUCCUCGACAUUUUCUGGACAGAUAUUAGCCACCUCGCCGUCAUGCCGUAGACAACCCGCCGGGCGUUUAGAUGAAGCCUAACGGGGACUACAGCAGGGAGGACGCGGGGUGGCUUUAACCGAGGUAGGGGAGGAUGUACUGGGCUGCUGGCUUCGCCUCUUCCCGGCCGUGUGUGGUUGAACUCGGGCGGAACCACAGCCUGCCCCUCGGGCUGUGCGGCACCGAGCAGCAGCAGUCCUUGUAUGGCUAUAUCAUCGCGUUCCCUUUACAGGACUACGGAGGCAUCAUGUCGGCUCUGGGAUCGGACUCCUGGUGGAAGAAGACCCUGUACAUCACCGGGGGGGCCCUGCUGGCUGCUGCAGCCUACCUACUGCAUGAGCUGCUCGCCAUCAGGAAGGAGCAGGAGUUGGACUCUAAAGACGCCAUCAUCCUCCAUCAGUUCUCCAGGCCAAAGAACGGCGUGCCCAGCCUCUCACCCUUCUGCCUCAAAAUAGAGACGUACCUGCGUAUGGUGGAUCUGCCCUACCAGAACUACUUCGAUGGGAAGCUGUCGCCACAGGGUAAGAUGCCCUGGAUGGAGUACAACCACGAGCAGGUUUCAGGGUCCGAGUUCAUCGUGGACUUCCUGGAGGAGAAGCUGGGCGUCAACCUCAACAAGAACCUCACGCCGCAGGAGAGAGCCGUGUCCCGAGCUGUCACCAAAAUGGUCGAGGAACACCUCUACUGGACGAUAGCCUACUGUCAGUGGGUGGACAACCUGGAGGAAACUCAGAAGCUUCUGGCGAUGAGCGGCCCGCUGAGCGACACUCUGAAGUGGCUACUGAGCCACCUGAACGGCAGCAUGGUGCGCAGGGAGAUGUACGGUCACGGCAUUGGACGCUUCUCUAAGGAGGAGGUCUAUGCGCUGAUGGAGAAGGACAUGAGGACACUGGCUACACUGCUGGGAGACAAGAAGUAUUUCAUGGGCUCUAAGAUGUCAACAUUAGAUGCCACAGUGUUUGGGCAUCUAGCUCAGGCUAUGUGGACUCUACCUGGAACACGACCAGAGCAGCUUAUCAAAGGAGAGCUUAUCAACCUGGCAAUGUUCUGCGAGCGGAUGCGGAGGAGGUUUUGGCCUGAGUGGUUCGUAGAGGUGGAGGAUCUUUAUUACGACGGAGACAGUGAGAGCAGUGGCGGCGGAUCUCCUACAGGCCUGCUGGACUUUGGCCUCUUCUCCAGGACUGACACUCUGGACGACAGCGACGGCAGCAGCCACUCAGCCGGACACACGCACACAAAUUCCCCCGACUCCGACCACUCGCUCUUUGACUCGGACGUGGGCACGGGAUCUGACAAUGACAUUCAGCUUAAGGAGGAAAUAAUGCCCGACCUAGAGGUUUGACCUGAGAAUGGCCGUGAUUGGCUGACAGAUUGAGACUGACAGGAGGUGGGAAAAGUUGUGUCAGUUAGCUUAACAAAUCUGUCUGGACAGGUUGCCAGACAACAGCUCUCACAGCUGACGAAACUAUCCCAGCUCCUCCACCCCCAAUACUCCAAACGAUAUACCUUCCUGAUGGACAGACUGGGUAUUAAUAUGCAGAGCAUACAAACUGAACCUCCUAACACACAUGCUACUGUAUGGUUUGUCCCCCUCCUGUAACGUCAGAGCUGCCCCUGUGGCAGUUUCUCUUUGCCUUAUUUGUCUCUUCCCAAGAUGCAGAAGCUGGCGUUGUGAAGGGUGAACACAUAGGAAACGUCUCAUCUCAUGAAAAGUGCGGAGAUUACAGAAGAGUGUUGUAGACAAGACAGGUGGCACUUCACUUGCUAUGAAACGAUGCAACUAAUCACCACUCUGCCAUGUGUCUUAACGCACAAACCCACUCGCACAGGUGGAGAUUGAUCAUGUGGCUAAAAGGAACAGCUGCUGUGUCUCGGCUGUUAACCAUCCGUGUGCUGGAGAGGAAACACAGAUGACAUCGAGUGCCAGUCCAUGCUCUUGACUGAUCCACACGUCAUUUCCUCUACGCUACUCUGUGCAGGAAGAAUCGGUAUCAAAAAACGGUGUACUGUAUGUCUCCAUCAGACCACAACCCAAGAUGUACUUGUAGUCCUAUGGAAUAGAAGUCAGGAGAGAUGAGCAGAUUUGUGCCUGCUUCUUUUAUCGGUUAUCAUCCUCAUUUCUCUCCAUUUAGUACUUAUUUGUUUGCACUUUGUUAUCGGUGAAGUUGGAGCUUCCAGUGAUUGAUUUUAACAUCUUUUUGGUACAAGUAAAAGAACUGUAAUUUGUAUAUUUGACCGCUAGAUGGAGUCAGCAAGUCAGCCUAAUGCCUCUUUUAUUUUGUAACAUCAAGGUCAUUCCACCCUGAUGACCUCCAUUUAACAAAGCAAACGAUUUUUUCUUCAGUCCUAAACUUUAAUACUGUGGUUCCCAUUCAUAGGUAACCUGUCAGUGUGUGUAGGUGUGAUGUGUGCAUGCAUGCAUACUUGCAUACUUCAACAAAUCAGCCUUAGUUCUCUCAGACUAACGUGGGUGGAAAUAGUCUGAAACUGUUUUUUUGUCGUGAUAUAAUUUAUUAUCAGUGCCACUUUAUUAUUCUUUCUAUA